AAAAAAGAAAUUGAUGAAUUUUUUUUUAAAAAAGAGCUAAAUUUAUAAUAGUAGUAUUUGUUAUAUUGGGAUAGGGACCUUCUCUUUAUUCACUUUUUCGCCUCUCCUUUUUUCAUGUCUUCUGUCUUUUUCCUCUUUAUAUAUAACCCCUCCCUUGCUCUCCGAACCCUCAACGAACACAAAACAUUUCUGUCGUCUUCUUCCUCUCGAGUCUCGAUUAUUUCUCUCUUUCUUUCUAUCUCCUAAUUGAUUCAAAAAACAUCAUUUCAAGAGAUUAUAUAUAUACAUGGCUCCUGUCUCGUUACCUCCAGGUUUCAGAUUCCAUCCAACGGACGAGGAACUAAUUACUUACUAUCUAAAAAGAAAGAUCAACGGUCUAGAAAUCGAACUUGAGGUUAUCGCUGAAGUUGAUCUCUACAAGUGUGAGCCAUGGGACUUACCAGGUAAAUCUUUGCUUCCGAGCAAAGACCAAGAAUGGUACUUCUUCAGCCCACGUGACCGGAAGUAUCCCAACGGUUCAAGGACAAACCGCGCAACCAAAGGCGGUUAUUGGAAGGCCACUGGCAAAGACCGACGGGUGAGUUGGAGAGACCGAGCCAUUGGAACCAAGAAGACACUGGUUUACUACCGUGGGCGUGCCCCACACGGUAUUAGAACCGGUUGGGUCAUGCACGAAUAUCGACUCGAUGAAACGGAAUGCGAGCCUUCUGCGUAUGGCAUGCAGGAUGCAUAUGCACUUUGUCGUGUGUUCAAAAAGAUUGUUAUUGAAGCUAAGCCAAGAGAUCAGCAUCGGUCAUAUGUCCACGCGAUGUCGAAUGUGAGUGGUAACUGCUCAUCGAGUUUUGACAAUUGUUCGGAUCUCGAAAUCAGCUCAACUACUCAUCAAGUUCAAAACACAUUCCAACCGCGAUUUGGCAACGAGCGUUUUAAUUCCAACGCAAUCAGCAACGAGGACUGGUCACAAUACUAUGGUUCUCCUUAUAGACCGUUCCCUACUCCAUAUAAGGUUAAUACAGAGAUCGAUUGCUCAAUGUUACAACACAAUAUAUCUCUACCACCGUUGCGUGUAGAGAACUCUGCGGUUAGUGAUUGCGAUUUCUUUACGAGUAUGACUCACAACAACGAUCAUGGUGUGUUGGAUGACUUUACUUUCGCUGCAAGUAACUCCAACAACUAUAAUAACGUUGGUGAUCAAGUGAUCCACGUUGGCAAUUAUGAUGAACAAUUAAUAACGUCUAAUCAUCAUAUGAACCAGGCCGGUUAUAUAGAAGAGAAGAAGAUGAUCUCGAGUUUGGAUGAUACUGACCAAGAUCUUGGAUUUCAUGGGAACAAUACCAAUGGCAACAUAGAUAUCGAUGAUUUUUUCUCAUUUGAUAUAUAUAACGAGGAAAACGUGAAUAGAAUAGAAGAUAAUGAACAUGUGAGCACAAAUGAAACCCUUGAUUCAUUAGGAUUUGAGGUGGUUGAGGAGGAAACUAGAUAUAACAACCAAAUGCUCAUCUCGACAUAUCAAACAACGAAAAUUCUAUAUCACCAAGUCGUACCAUCUCACACGUUGAAAGUCCACGUCAAUCACAAUGUGGAAGAAAGAACAUUGUUCAUUGAAGAAGACAAAGAUUCUUGGUUACAAAGAGCUGAGAAGAUCACGAAGACAAAACUAACACUUUGUAGUUUAAUGGCUCAGCAAUACUACAAAUGUCUUGCGAUUUUUUUCUGAUUCUUUUCUUUUUAAAUUAUUGAUUUAUUUAACCCUUUUGGAUAUAACACAGGGCACUUACAUAUAUGUAUGUAUACUAAUAUUUUUACAUUUAAUUGUUGUAUUUCUUACUA